AAAUUAUUUCAUGAAGAAUUUCAUAAGAUUAAUUUGGUUUUAACAAAAUCUUCAUACCAAAGCAAAUUUUUAAAUAGAUAUAAUUCACCACAUUGAUUAUAUUGCGUUUAAAUUCCAUUGAAAAAUUGGUCUGUAAUGGUACCAUUGUUAAAUAAUUAAAGGUAUCAAAAUAUUUAAAUACAAUGGUCCGUUUUAAGAACAGAUACAUAACUGUUGAAAUUUCAUCACCUUUGAUACCAGAGAACAAACCUCUUUCUUUGAAAUCGAAAAUAUUUCAUGAAACUGUGCUUGAAAAAAUACAGCAAUUACAUGGAGACUUUGGUGUAGCAGCUGUCAGAUCUGGAUUUCUAACAAAAUAUUGCAAUGAGAAUACUCGAAUAGCAAUCCUAAGAGCUAGACAUGGGCCUCACAAGUUUGUUUCAAGCAGUUUACCAUUCAUUACAAAAAUAGGUAAACUGGAUGUCAGUAUAAGAACUCUACAUGUUGGGGCAACUUUAAAACACAGUUUUAAAUUUAUCCUUAAGCACCAAAGAGCAUAUUUGGAUUCAAUGUGGUCAAAAUUAAAAACUGAUGAAGAACGUAAGAAUCUUGAAGCAGCUGUAAUGGAUUUCACUAAGACAGAUGUCACAAUAAACAUAGAAAAUAUUGCUUAAUUACAUUUAUUUAAGAAACAUAAAACAUUAAAAAAUA